AGCUCCGCGCUGGGACGGAACCCGGGUUUCUCUCAAACACGGAAUGUGAGGCCUGGGCUUGGCUUUCUCUGGCUCCGUGCCCCGCUGUUUACCCGGGCCUGCGUGCGCCGCUGCUACCCUACAGCUCGCCCGGGAGGAGCCAGGGCGGCCGUGCGCUUCUGCCCUGCGCCCGCGUGGCUGCCGCCGCCCGUCCGAAUCCUCCGGGGCCGCUGAGGAGUUCGCUACGGAGGGAGGCGGGGGCCUUCGGGAGGAGGAGGCGGAGGAGGCGGAGGAGGAGGGAAGGAAGAUGGCGGCCGUGGAACUAGAGUGGAUCCCGGAGACUCUCUAUAACACCGCCAUCUCCGCUGUCGUGGACAACUACAUCCGCUCCCGCCGAGACAUCCGCUCCUUGCCCGAGAACAUCCAGUUCGAUGUUUACUACAAGCUUUACCAACAGGGACGCUUAUGUCAACUGGGCAGUGAAUUUUGUGAAUUGGAAGUUUUUGCUAAAGUAUUGAGAGCUUUGGAUAAAAGACAUUUGCUUCACCAUUGUUUCCAGGCUUUGAUGGAUCACGGUGUGAAAGUUGCUUCAGUCUUGGCCUACUCAUUCAGUAGACGGUGCUCUUACAUAGCAGAAUCGGAUGCUGCGGUAAAAGAGAAAGCCAUUCAGGUUGGCUUUGUUUUAGGUGGCUUUCUUUCAGAUGCAGGCUGGUACAGUGAUGCUGAGAAAGUUUUUCUGUCCUGUCUUCAGUUGUGUACUCUACAUGAUGAGAUGCUUCAUUGGUUUCGUGCAGUAGAAUGUUGUGUGAGGUUGCUUCAUGUGCGAAAUGGAAACUGCAAAUAUCACUUGGGUGAAGAAACAUUUAAGUUAGCUCAGACAUAUAUGGAUAAACUUUCAAAACAUGGCCAGCAAGCAAACAAAGCUGCACUAUAUGGAGAACUGUGUGCACUACUCUUUGCAAAAAGUCACUAUGAUGAGGCUUACAAAUGGUGCAUCGAGGCAAUGAAAGAAAUCACAGUGGGCUUACCAGUCAAAGUUGUGGUGGAUGUUUUAAGACAAGCUUCUAAGGCUUGUGUUGUAAAACGUGAAUUUAAGAAAGCAGAACAGUUAAUUAAACAUGCAGUGUAUUUGGCACGGGAUCAUUUUGGAUCCAAACACCCAAAAUAUUCUGAUACACUGCUAGAUUAUGGGUUCUACUUACUCAAUGUAGAUAAUAUCUGUCAGUCUGUUGCAAUUUAUCAGGCAGCCCUUGACAUUCGGCAGUCAGUGUUCGGCGGCAAAAAUAUUCAUGUAGCAACAGCUCAUGAAGACUUGGCUUAUUCUUCUUAUGUUCACCAGUAUAGCUCUGGGAAAUUUGACAAUGCACUAUUUCAUGCCGAAAGAGCUAUUGGUAUCAUUACCCACAUCCUACCUGAAGAUCAUCUUCUUUUGGCUUCUUCAAAGAGGGUGAAAGCCCUUAUUUUAGAGGAGAUUGCAAUCGACUGUCAUAAUAAAGAAACUGAACAGAGGCUGCUUCAAGAAGCUCAUGAUUUGCACCUGUCUUCACUUCAACUAGCUAAAAAAGCUUUUGGGGAAUUUAAUGUACAGACUGCAAAACACUAUGGAAACCUUGGAAGACUUUACCAGUCAAUGAGAAAAUUUAAGGAAGCUGAAGAAAUGCAUAUCAAAGCAAUUCAGAUAAAAGAGCAACUUCUUGGUCAAGAAGAUUAUGAAGUAGCCCUUUCAGUGGGACAUCUGGCUUCUCUAUACAAUUAUGACAUGAAUCAGUACGAAAAUGCUGAGAAACUUUAUUUGCGAUCCAUAGCGAUUGGGAAGAAACUGUUUGGUGAAGGCUACAGUGGACUAGAAUAUGAUUACCGAGGUCUCAUUAAACUUUACAACUCCAUUGGAAAUUAUGAGAAAGUGUUUGAAUAUCACAAUGUUCUGUCUAACUGGAACCGGUUGCGAGAUCGUCAAUAUUCGGUGACCGAUGCUCUUGAAGAUGUCAACACCAGCCCCCAGUCCACUGAAGAAGUGGUGCAGUCCUUCUUGAUUUCUCAGAAUGUUGAGGGACCGAGCUGCUGAGGGAGGACCUCAGUUAAUUAAUUUACCUUUUCCCAGAUUCCAGGGAAUUCAUACUGUGAAAUCAAAACCAUGUUGUUUUUUGGGGCUGGAAUUUGCAUUGAAACACUGGUCCAGUCCAUUGACCCUAUUUGGGUGAUCCCUACCUUGCAGAGUGUCCGUAGGAAUAAGCAUAUAUUCAGUUAUAUUCAGCAUGUACCGCAUGUAUAAGUAGUCUGGCCCAUAUUUUCAACCUAGUAGAACAAACAACAGGAAAUCUUUUUUUUUUUCCAUUUUAAAGAAUAAUUCAUUUUGCAGAAAGCCUGAAAAGAACCCCUAAAUAAAACUAUUUAAGAGUUUAAAAGAGUUGCAUUCUUAUUAUGUAAGGAUGAUUUUAACAACUUUUUAACAUAUUCUUCCUUGUGGAGGUAUUCAAUACUGUAUUGUAAAGAAAUUUUAUGGGGAAAAUCUUUAUAUGCAGUAUAGAAAAGUUAACACAGUACUAGUAGAAGAGGGACAUCCUGACUUAGGUUUGGCUACCUUACCCAGAGAAGUGGAUACAACCACUCCAGAGCUCUAUUACAGGGAAGGAUUGUCAGAUUCAUCUGAACUGGACCAGUGUUGAUCUGUAAGUAAUAGAAAAGCUGACAGACGAGCAGUUUUAUUAACCCUUUGCUUGUUUCAGGGUUUUUUGGUAUAACAAUGCAAGAUGCUCUGAAAGCGUUUGCGAACAGGACCAGGAGGACUUAAAAAGGACCAGCCUAAUGUAGAAAGGGGUUAUUUGGACCAGAGGCUUUAGGUAAUUAUUUUAGCCCCUGCAUAUACUUUUAUCAGUAGAAUGUUUCAUUUAGAGGUAUAAUGAAAAGUGAUAAUGCAAAAACUAUAUUCAUGUAAUUAGACACCAAACUAGGGAGAUUUGGCAGUUUCGAUGGUGUAUCUUUAGUCAGUGUGCACAGAUGGCAAUGCCAUAAGCAAGUCUAUAAAUAUCUGCUGCAACCAUCCCCCUCAUUUUAAAUGUUACCCUAAUAAUCAAUGCAAUUAACAAGUAUAUUGGCUAAGAGUCGUGAAAUAGCUCAUGGGUGGGAAUUUUAGGUUACUAUAUGGUUUGUGGGGAUUAAUGGAAAAAUGAAUGCCCAAAAGAAGCAAUUCUUAGAGAUCCUUCAUUUUUAUGGUAAAUAAUAGUACAGCUGUGUCAUUUUAUUUGAAAUUCAAGAGUCAAAUGCAGAGAUCCCCUAGUUAUAUAUCUGUUUCACUAACUUGUCUUCCUGUUUAUUGGGUUUUGAUUUUUGUAAUCUUAAGCCAGUCAGGUUAUUUAAUAUUGAGGUAAUUAAUACUCAGAUUUGGAAAGUGACAUGUAGCAAUUAAGAAACAAAAAGGUCUUUUGCUGUUACCUCAGUUCUUACUAUAGUGGCCUAUGUGGUGCCUCUAUAGUUAAGAAUCAGGGUUUUCCCCCCUAUUUUCAGGGGUUCAUGACUUGGCUGUCAGAGAUGUUGCUCUUAGCUAAUGCUUGGAGUAGUCUGUGGGUGAGUGGAUGUGUGUUGAAUUUUGGUUUUCUUUUAACAUGCACGCUGGGGUUGGAGGGGGGAAGAAAUCUAAACUGCCACAUUGAGUACAGAAAAAUUAAUUGGAGAUUUCAGGUAAAUUUGAUUUUCAACACUUUUUUGAACUUCCCAAACCUAAUCUUGUUUAAAACUGUUACUUUCAGUCUUGUUAGUUAUGAGCCAGUGUUUUUAAGUCCCCAGGAGGGGAUUGACUGGGGGAGGUACAGAAAGAGAUGAAGCAAGCCCAGACCCUAAUAUUGUAACCAUGAUUUCAAAACCUGGGUUUAUUCCUCAAAUUGAAUUAUUUUCUUUUUCAUUUUAAAAAGAGUACAUUGGCACACCUGCACCUCCCCUCCCAGUUAAUUGCAGUCUAACACCAAGAGGCACCUCUUUAUUAAUUACCAAAUAGUCUGUGUGACCAAGGACUAACAUUUAUUAAGUUACUCAGCUCUAUCCUUACAGGCCUAUAUAUUUAAUACCUCCAAAGAUAUUUCCAGGAUAGGCUUUGUAUACUUUUGUUGGUUAUUUAGAGUCAUGUGGUAUGUUUGUGGUAUAGGAAUGUCAUGGUAAAUUGUUUUUCAAUAAAUAUUUUGAAACUUAA